AUGGCGUCGAAGCUUUUCACUACCUUCUUCUUCCUCCUAAUCUCACUUUCCGAUUCUUCUCUAACUCCGAUUUCUUCCGCCGUCGAAGUUCUCUCCGAUUCCGGCUACUUCUCCAUGGGACUAACUCUAAAGCUCGCGAAUCAAGAUCUGAAUCUCGAAGAUUGGCAAGAACUCACCAUAUUCGCACCUUCCGAUCAAUCUUUCUACAAAUUCGGCCAACCUUCGCUUCUCGACAUCAAAUACCAUCUCUCUCCGACGAGACUCCCCGGAGAAACCCUAAGGAACCUUCUCAAUGGCGCGAAAAUCCCUACUCUCAGAUCCAAUUCGUCUCUUUCCGUCACGAAUUCUUCCAGAUCUGGAGGUAAUCUCUCGAUUAACGACAUUACAGUCCAAGAUUCUCCUCUUUUUGAUGACGGAUACGUCGUGAUUUACGGAGCCGACGAGUUCUUCACACCACCGGAGAAAAUCUCCGAUCCAAUUCUCAAUUCAUCAAUCCCAAACACUAUCCCUAGCUCAGCGACUAAGCCAUCUUCGAAUUGCUUCAACAUCUUUGAAUCAGCUUCGAGUUUGUUGAUGUCUAGAGGUUUCGUUAUCAUGGCUACGUUUCUUGCUCUGCAACUGGAAACUUCAGAGAGCGACGACACGAAGCUCACUGUCUUCGCUCCUAUCGACGAAGCGAUUCCGAAUCUCACCGCCAGAUUCUCCGAUUACGCUACUGUUUUCAGAGGACAUGUAAUCAAGCGACUUCUCUCAUGGAAAGAUCUUCAGAAUUUGGCAUGGGAAGGAUCGAUUCUGCAAACUGUUCUUAAAGGAUAUGAUAUUGAGUUUUCUUGGUCAGGUGAUAUUCUUCUUCUCAAUGAAGUACCAUUGAUAUAUCCAGAUCUGUAUGUUAACGAUUGGAUUGUUGUUCAUGGAGUUAAUCAAAUGAUCGUACCAAAAAGAAGUCAGGCUACAUUAGGAGAAUCUAUCUCAGUGCUUAACAAUGGGAAAGAAGAAGAAGCAGGACAAAGUGAUGUUCAUGAAGGUGACUAUGUUCUUCACUGA